UGGGUGUGGCUGGUGGUCACUUCAAAACAGUUGGGUUUGCAAAAUAACCCCGGGAGGAAUUACAGAGCUUAAGAAAUCCCCUCAAGUUCCCACAGUCAUUGCUUCCUUUUCCAGCAACCCUUGGUGCCCUGCACUUUACUGAGGUCCUGGACUGGACAGCUGUGUGUUCCAGGAAGACUCGGCCAGUCGGUGUUCCUGGACUCUGGGUACUGGGUCCCCGGAGUCCUGACUGGACGGCAGCCCGAGCAUAGCAGGUGUCGGUGCUUUUCUGGCCGAAGUUCUCAUUUCCCGACUGUGGAAAUGGAGCAGGAAAACAUGACCGUGAAUAAGGCGUUGAGUCCCGGCGCGGCUGCGUACGGCUGCUCGGCCUGCCAUGGCGACGAGACCUGGAGUUACAGCCACCCCAUCCGGGGCCGCGCCAAGUCUCGGAGCCUGUCCGCCUCGCCCGCCCUGGGGAGCACCAGGGAGUUCAGGAGGACACGCUCUCUCCAUGGGCCAUGCCCGGUGACCACUUUUGGACCAAAGGCCUGCGUGCUGCAGAACCCACAGACCAUCAUGCACAUUCAGGACCCCGCAAGUCAGCGGCUGACGUGGAACAAGGCUCCGAAGAGCGUCCUUGUCAUCAAGAAGAUGAGAGAUGCCAGCCUGCUGCAGCCAUUCAAGGAGCUCUGCACAUACCUCAUGGAGGAAAACAACAUGAUCGUGUAUGUGGAAAAGAAAGUGCUAGAAGACCCUGCUAUCGCCAGCGAUGAAAGCUUUGGGGCAGUGAAGAAGAAGUUCUGCACCUUCCGAGAAGAUUACGAUGACAUCUCCAAUCGGAUCGACUUCAUCAUCUGCCUGGGGGGGGACGGGACGCUGCUGUACGCUUCCUCACUCUUCCAGGGCAGUGUGCCUCCCGUCAUGGCCUUCCACCUGGGCUCCCUGGGCUUCCUGACCCCGUUCAGCUUUGAGAACUUUCAGUCCCAAGUUACUCAAGUGAUAGAGGGGAACGCAGCUGUUGUCCUCCGAAGCCGGCUGAAGGUCAGGGUGGUGAAGGAGCUCCGGGAAAAGAAGACGGCCGUGCACAACGGGCUGGGUGAGAACGGCUCGCGGCCUGUGGGUCUGGACAUGGAUGUUGAGAAGCAGGCCAUGCAGUACCAGGUCCUGAACGAGGUGGUGAUCGACAGAGGCCCCUCCUCCUACCUGUCUAACGUGGACGUCUACCUGGACGGACACCUCAUCACCACGGUGCAGGGCGACGGAGUGAUCGUGUCGACCCCGACGGGCAGCACGGCGUAUGCGGCCGCGGCCGGGGCCUCCAUGAUCCACCCCAACGUGCCGGCCAUCAUGAUCACGCCCAUCUGCCCCCACUCGCUGUCCUUCCGGCCCAUCGUGGUCCCCGCAGGGGUCGAGCUGAAGAUCAUGCUGUCACCUGAAGCAAGGAACACGGCAUGGGUGUCCUUUGACGGACGGAAGAGACAAGAGAUCCGCCACGGAGACAGCAUCAGCAUCACUACCUCAUGCUACCCGCUGCCCUCCAUCUGUGUGCGGGACCCCGUGAGCGACUGGUUUGAGAGCCUCGCCCAGUGCCUGCACUGGAACGUCCGGAAGAAGCAAGCCCACUUUGAGGAGGAGGAGGAGGAGGAGGAGGAGGAGGGCUAGGUCGAGGCUCGUCCAGGCCUGAAUCUUUCCACUGUCUGUUUUUCUGCCCUCCGUGCACUCUCUGGGGACACACCAAUCUGUGUGUGUCUGUGAACACCUCUGUCUAAAUGGCACGACCACUUCCUUUCUGUAGCUGGGUUAGAACCUGGGUCUGCCUUGUGUCCAGAUCAGCUGUUUUUUUAACAUUUUAAAUCUGACUUUUUUUGCAUUUCUAAAAAAGCAAAGUGAGAAAUGGGCUGGGAGCUAUUUUGUCCCGCUGACUCCCUACCCCCUUCCCCCCUCACCCCCGUGGGUCCCCGGAGCAUGGCCUCCAGCUGCCGGAAUUCCACGCCAGAUCAGUCAACUGAAAUUCAGAGGGGUCAGAGUGACUCGGCCUGUCCUUCCAUGUUGACAAUAAAUGUCUCACCCAAAAGCCUUCCUCGGCGGCAAAGCUUCUGCUCUCGGCGUGAGCCUCCUCCCUAAAACCUCUGCAGGGAAAUCCAAGCGAGGCGCCAUUGAAAGCAGGGGCUUGCUGGUGGCUGGCAAGCUGGUUUUGUUCUGCUCAGUUUCUGGAGAGGGCUGGGUGCAUCCCCCACCCUUCCCGCGCGAGGCCGGCCCUGAGUGUGGGACCCACAGCGGGAGGAGCUGGCGUCUCCGCGACCCACGCCUUCCUCAGUGUAGCUUCUGCUCCCAGGGAGGGGGUUUAAAUCCUGUACAUACUUUUUAAAGGCUGUUUGAAACUUUUUGAAGUGCUUAUGUACAUAUUUUCUUGUACACACUUUUGUGAAGAUUUCGAGGGGAAGCGCGUCGUCCUACCAUUAAAUGUUUACGUUCCUGCUCUGCAAGACACCGUCCUCAGGGACCAUUCGGGGACCAUUCUGUUCAGCGCCAUCCUGAGGGUCCGGGAGAUGGGGUUUUCCGGGCUGCUGAUCGGGAUCCCUUUUGUUUUGUAACUAAUGAGAAUUUUGAGACUAACCCAAGUGAAGGACUCAACACAGUGAUUUUCCUCCUGCCUCUCCCAUGAGCCUCCGGCCUGCAUGUGGGCGCUGCGUGCCCCGGUGCCCAUGUCUUCCACAGGCACAGCGGGCACAGGUGUGUGGAGGCUGUGGUCAGGGCCUAGGGUCCUGGUCGCUACUGCCCAGGCAUGCAUCUUUUCAGUACCUGCUCAUCUGCUGGAUUGUAAGAACAGGAAGUUUGGAGAGGUGCUGCCCGCAGCCGCCCGGCCCAGCCCAGGCACGUGUCUGCCCUGCUCACCCCCAUCUGAGCACCUCAACUCUGCAAACUUCAGCGUCCAAAAUCCCGGGGUGUGAUUCUGGGCAGUGGGCCUGGCUGUAAGUCAGCCAUGACCCUGAGCACAGGUGAAGCCUCCGCCCGCCCAGCCACGGGCGCAGGAGGAGAGAGGGACCAGUGCCCAGCAUUAGGGCCGGAAGACAGCCGUGUUCGGAAUUCCAGUCACUCACCUGAACAAAAGGCAUGAACUGACCUCUAAAGCAGCCUGAGAUGGGAAUGAUCUAGAAAACUUGUGAUUUUUUAAGUAAAUUUUAAUGUUUCAUAUUAAUUUCUUGAAAAUUUAUUAAAUGUCAUUGAAAGCCUUACUACAAUUUUCAGAUCCUUUCAAUAAACAAGACUUGUAAAAAAGAA